AUGAACUUCAUACAAAAUGAGAGAAGUUUCAGAACUAGCACGACAACGGAGCCAACCUCGACUUCGACUGUCACUAGUACCACGACUGAGCCAACGUCCACGACAACGGCUACUAGCACGACAACCGAGCCAACCUCGACUACGACUGCCACUAGUACCACGACUGAGCCAACGUCCACGACAACGGCUACUAGCACGACAACCGAGCCAACCUCGACUACGACUGCCACUAGUACCACGACUGAGCCAACGUCCACGACCACGGCCACUAGCACGACAACCGAGCCAACCUCGACUACGACUGCCACUAGUACCACGACUGAGCCAACGUCCACGACAACGGCUACUAGCACGACAACGGCUACUAGCACGACAACCGAGCCAACCUCGACUACGACUGCCACUAGUACCACGACUGAGCCAACGUCCACGACCACGGCCACUAGCACGACAACCGAGCCAACCUCGACUACGACUGCCACUAGUACCACGACUGAGCCAACGUCCACGACCACGGCCACUAGCACGACAACCGAGCCAACCUCGACUACGACUGCCACUAGUACCACGACUGAGCCAACGUCCACGACCACGGCCACUAGCACGACAACCGAGCCAACCUCGACUACGACUGCCACUAGUACCACGACUGAGCCAACGUCCACGACCACGGCCACUAGCACGACAACCGAGCCAACCUCGACUACGACUGCCACUAGUACCACGACUGAGCCAACGUCCACGACAACGGCUACUAGCACGACAACGGCUACUAGCACGACAACCGAGCCAACUUCGACUACGACUGUCACUAGUACCACGACUGAGCCAACGUCCACGACCACGGCCACUAGCACGACAACGGAGCCGACCUCGACUACGACUGCCACUAGUACCACGACUGAGCCAACGUCCACGACCACGGCCACUAGCACGACAACCGAGCCAACCUCGACUACGACUGCCACUAGUACCACGACUGAGCCAACGUCCACGACCACGGCCACUAGCACGACAACCGAGCCAACUUCGACUACGACUGCCACUAGUACCACGACUGAGCCAACGUCCACGACAACGGCUACUAGCACGACAACGGCUACUAGCACGACAACCGAGCCAACCUCGACUACGACUGCCACUAGUACCACGACUGAGCCAACGUCCACGACCACGGCCACUAGCACGACAACGGAGCCGACCUCGACUACGACUGCCACUAGUACCACGACUGAGCCAACGUCCACGACAACGGCUACUAGCACGACAACCGAGCCAACCUCGACUACGACUGCCACUAGUACCACGACUGAGCCAACGUCCACGACAACGGCCACUAGCACGACAACCGAGCCAACCUCGACUACGACUGCCACUAGUACCACGACUGAGCCAACGUCCACGACAACGGCCACUAGCACGACAACCGAGCCAACCUCGACUACGACUGCCACUAGUACCACGACUGAGCCAACGUCCACGACAACGGCUACUAGCACGACAACCGAGCCAACUUCGACUACGACUGCCACUAGUACCACGACUGAGCCAACGUCCACGACAACGGCUACUAGCACGACAACGGCCACUAGCACGACAACCGAGCCAACCUCGACUACGACUGCCACUAGUACCACGACUGAGCCAACGUCCACGACAACGGCCACUAGCACGACAACCGAGCCAACCUCGACUACGACUGCCACUAGUACCACGACUGAGCCAACGUCCACGACAACGGCUACUAGCACGACAACCGAGCCAACCUCGACUUCGACUGUCACUAGUACCACGACUGAGCCAACGUCCACGACCACGGCCACUAGCACGACAACCGAGCCAACUUCGACUACGACUGCCACUAGUACCACGACUGAGCCAACGUCCACGACAACGGCUACUAGCACGACAACGGCCACUAGCACGACAACCGAGCCAACCUCGACUACGACUGCCACUAGUACCACGACUGAGCCAACGUCCACGACCACGGCCACUAGCACGACAACCGAGCCAACCUCGACUACGACUGCCACUAGUACCACGACUGAGCCAACGUCCACGACAACGGCCACUAGCACGACAACGGCCACUAGCACGACAACCGAGCCAACCUCGACUACGACUGCCACUAGUACCACGACUGAGCCAACGUCCACGACCACGGCCACUAGCACGACAACCGAGCCAACCUCGACUACGACUGCCACUAGUACCACGACUGAGCCAACGUCCACGACCACGGCCACUAGCACGACAACCGAGCCAACCUCGACUACGACUGCCACUAGUACCACGACUGAGCCAACGUCCACGACCACGGCCACUAGCACGACAACCGAGCCAACUUCGACUACGACUGCCACUAGUACCACGACUGAGCCAACGUCCACGACAACGGCUACUAGCACGACAACGGCUACUAGCACGACAACCGAGCCAACCUCGACUACGACUGCCACUAGUACCACGACUGAGCCAACGUCCACGACAACGGCCACUAGCACGACAACGGAGCCAACCUCGACUACGACUGCCACUAGUACCACGACUGAGCCAACGUCCACGACAACGGCCACUAGCACGACAACCGAGCCAACCUCGACUACGACUGCCACUAGUACCACGACUGAGCCAACGUCCACGACAACGGCUACUAGCACGACAACCGAGCCAACCUCGACUACGACUGCCACUAGUACCACGACUGAGCCAACGUCCACGACCACGGCCACUAGCACGACAACCGAGCCAACCUCGACUACGACUGCCACUAGUACCACGACUGAGCCAACGUCCACGACAACGGCUACUAGCACGACAACGGCUACUAGCACGACAACCGAGCCAACCUCGACUACGACUGCCACUAGUACCACGACUGAGCCAACGUCCACGACAACGGCUACUAGCACGACAACCGAGCCAACCUCGACUACGACUGUCACUAGUACCACGACUGAGCCAACGUCCACGACAACGGCCACUAGCACGACAACGGCCACUAGCACGACAACCGAGCCAACCUCGACUACGACUGCCACUAGUACCACGACUGAGCCAACGUCCACGACCACGGCCACUAGCACGACAACCGAGCCAACCUCGACUACGACUGCCACUAGUACCACGACUGAGCCAACGUCCACGACAACGGCUACUAGCCACUAGCACGACAACCGAGCCAACCUCGACUACGACUGCCACUAGUACCACGACUGAGCCAACGUCCACGACAACGGCUACUAGCACGACAACCGAGCCAACCUCGACUUCGACUGCCACUAGUACCACGACUGAGCCAACGUCCACGACAACGGCUACUAGCACGACAACGGCUACUAGCACGACAACCGAGCCAACCUCGACUUCGACUGCCACUAGUACCACGACUGAGCCAACGUCCACGACAACGGCCACUAGCACGACAACCGAGCCAACCUCGACUACGACUGCCACUAGUACCACGACUGAGCCAACGUCCACGACAACGGCCACUAGCACGACAACCGAGCCAACCUCGACUACGACUGCCACUAGUACCACGACUGAGCCAACGUCCACGACCACGGCCACUAGCACGACAACCGAGCCAACUUCGACUACGACUGCCACUAGUACCACGACUGAGCCAACGUCCACGACCACGGCCACUAGCACGACAACCGAGCCAACCUCGACUACGACUGCCACUAGUACCACGACUGAGCCAACGUCCACGACCACGGCCACUAGCACGACAACCGAGCCAACCUCGACUACGACUGCCACUAGUACCACGACUGAGCCAACGUCCACGACCACGGCCACUAGCACGACAACCGAGCCAACCUCGACUACGACUGCCACUAGUACCACGACUGAGCCAACGUCCACGACAACGGCCACUAGCACGACAACGGCUACUAGCACGACAACCGAGCCAACCUCGACUACGACUGCCACUAGUACCACGACUGAGCCAACGUCCACGACCACGGCCACUAGCACGACAACCGAGCCAACUUCGACUACGACUGCCACUAGUACCACGACUGAGCCAACGUCCACGACAACGGCUACUAGCACGACAACGGCUACUAGCACGACAACCGAGCCAACCUCGACUUCGACUGUCACUAGUACCACGACUGAGCCAACGUCCACGACCACGGCCACUAGCACGACAACCGAGCCAACCUCGACUACGACUGCCACUAGUACCACGACUGAGCCAACGUCCACGACCACGGCCACUAGCACGACAACCGAGCCAACUUCGACUACGACUGCCACUAGUACCACGACUGAGCCAACGUCCACGACAACGGCUACUAGCACGACAACGGCUACUAGCACGACAACCGAGCCAACCUCGACUUCGACUGUCACUAGUACCACGACUGAGCCAACGUCCACGACCACGGCCACUAGCACGACAACGGAGCCGACCUCGACUACGACUGCCACUAGUACCACGACUGAGCCAACGUCCACGACCACGGCCACUAGCACGACAACCGAGCCAACCUCGACUACGACUGCCACUAGUACCACGACUGAGCCAACGUCCACGACCACGGCCACUAGCACGACAACCGAGCCAACCUCGACUACGACUGCCACUAGUACCACGACUGAGCCAACGUCCACGACCACGGCCACUAGCACGACAACCGAGCCAACCUCGACUACGACUGCCACUAGUACCACGACUGAGCCAACGUCCACGACCACGGCCACUAGCACGACAACCGAGCCAACCUCGACUACGACUGCCACUAGUACCACGACUGAGCCAACGUCCACGACAACGGCUACUAGCACGACAACGGCUACUAGCACGACAACCGAGCCAACCUCGACUUCGACUGUCACUAGUACCACGACUGAGCCAACGUCCACGACCACGGCCACUAGCACGACAACGGAGCCGACCUCGACUACGACUGCCACUAGUACCACGACUGAGCCAACGUCCACGACCACGGCCACUAGCACGACAACCGAGCCAACCUCGACUACGACUGCCACUAGUACCACGACUGAGCCAACGUCCACGACCACGGCCACUAGCACGACAACCGAGCCAACCUCGACUACGACUGCCACUAGUACCACGACUGAGCCAACGUCCACGACCACGGCCACUAGCACGACAACCGAGCCGACCUCGACUACGACUGCCACUAGUACCACGACUGAGCCAACGUCCACGACCACGGCCACUAGCACGACAACCGAGCCAACCUCGACUACGACUGCCACUAGUACCACGACUGAGCCAACGUCCACGACAACGGCUACUAGCACGACAACGGCUACUAGCACGACAACCGAGCCAACCUCGACUUCGACUGUCACUAGUACCACGACUGAGCCAACGUCCACGACCACGGCCACUAGCACGACAACCGAGCCAACCUCGACUACGACUGCCACUAGUACCACGACUGAGCCAACGUCCACGACAACGGCUACUAGCACGACAACGGCCACUAGCACGACAACCGAGCCAACCUCGACUACGACUGCCACUAGUACCACGACUGAGCCAACGUCCACGACAACGGCUACUAGCACGACAACGGCCACUAGCACGACAACCGAGCCAACCUCGACUACGACUGCCACUAGUACCACGACUGAGCCAACGUCCACGACAACGGCUACUAGCACGACAACCGAGCCAACCUCGACUUCGACUGUCACUAGUACCACGACUGAGCCAACGUCCACGACCACGGCCACUAGCACGACAACGGAGCCGACCUCGACUACGACUGCCACUAGUACCACGACUGAGCCAACGUCCACGACAACGGCUACUAGCACGACAACGGCCACUAGCACGACAACCGAGCCAACCUCGACUACGACUGUCACUAGUACCACGACUGAGCUAACGUCCACGACAACUGCGACAAGUUAGUAGAAAUUCUUCAAUUUCUCGGAGUCUCUUACGAAAGGUGUCUCGCUUUUGUUCUCGAUGAGUACUUGAGCUCUUCGAGCUGCUUUUCGGUGUUGUUCAUAAAGUAAACAAAGAAGGAAAUUUUUUACGUGAGCGAGUUGAGAACUUCUAAAGUUGCAAAUGUAAGCGAAUGAUUUUGCAGCGUCGCUGGGUACGACAACAAGAGCAGAAUGUUGUCCUACCAACGGACUUUGGUCCGAAUGGGUUGCCGACGCUCCCUGUGCCGGCACAUGUGGGUCCUGUGCUCAGCAGGUCUUCCGACGCUCCUGCCUCUCUGAUCCAAAUGGGUGUCCUUGCACGUUCGUUCAUUAAAAUCUUCAAAAACAAUAGUCCUGUGGCGAAAUUUUGACUCUAACAACCUCACGACUCUGAAAAAAGAACGAAAUUCAGUGGCGACACCGUUAAAGUACGCAAUUGUAACAUUGGGGUUUGUUUCUUCCCCGCGGACUCCUGCUGCAAGAACUACACGGCGACCGUCAUUGGAUCUCAGCACGUCUGCGGACCUCAGGUAACCGGAGAACUCCUCAGGUUCGACACUAUUUCAUUCGAAUUCAGCCAGUUUAUCCGGCUGAACCGGCUGCCGACACCAGCUGCUGUCCGCCUGGUGGAUUCUGGGCCGCUUGGUCCGAAUGGUCUAGUUGUACCGGCGGUACUUGUGGAAAAGUAAGUUUCGAAUGUUUGAUUCAAAACUUGACUAAAUAUUUUUCACUUUUAUGUGUAACUGAGAUUGAUUUUUUCAGUGCGGAGGAUCUGCUUCGAGAACUCGUAGCUGCGCCUCGUCGAGCUACGGCUGCUCCUGCUCAGGUUCUGCCACCGAAACAACCAACUGUCGUACUCUCGCCACCUGGAACGAAUGGACGGUUUGAACUUUUAGAAAAAUCAGUUUGAUUCUUGCCAUUUUUAGGUUUCUCCAAACUCGCAGGUCUGUAACGGCUCGAGCUGUGGCUCUUGCCAGCAAGUCAUCUACACAAGAACUUGCAAUACCAACGCCGGCUGCUUCUGCAUGUAAGCGAAUCAGAAAAAGAGUUUCUUAACUUGUGCUAGGGGACCUGACACGAAGACAGGAAUCUGCAACACUGCUCCUUGCAACGGUACGACCUGCUGCUCUGGCUACACUCUGCAGAAAGACGCCGGCAAUUUGGCUUUCUGUGCGCCUUUGGUGUGCCUUUCUGUUUUUUACAGUCCCUGAACAAGAGUUUCCUAGGCGACCCCAGCCUCAACUACCACACUGUUGACCUGUGACGGUACCACGCCAGCUUGCUGCGUCAUCGGCGGGGUUUGGUCCGAAUGGUCGAGCGGCGGUUCUUGCAACGACAAUUGCGGAAACUGUGGAACAACCACUAGAACCAGGAUUUGCCUCUCAGAAGACAAUGGAUGCAGUUGCGCGUGAGUCUCUCUUUUUUUUUCCAGAAUUUCAUAAAUUGAACGUCUUCUAUCAAUUUUUUUUUUGAAGCUCAGGUUUUUUUUUUCGGCUUUGACAGAGAGAUGUAAAUAAUAACUUUAAUAAAAAAACGAAAUUUUUUUCAAAUUAGAGUAUGCAGUUUGGCGUUCAAGUGCAGUUUAUUGCAUUUUUAAGCGGAAAUUUUUUUCAAAGUUUCCCCUUUUCUAAUAUUUUAUCUUGCUCUUCAAUUUUUCGAUUCAGCUGGUUCAAAAAUUUAUUCUUGCCAAAAAUUUGAGAAUUGUUAAAAAAAUAAUCUUGUUUUCUGUUUUCAACCUUCAAAAAAAGUUUCCCUCGAAAAAAACUUAUCUACCUUAAAGGAAAAAUUAGUUAGAAAGAUAUUUUCCUCUAAUUCAAAACUUUUUUGCUUACAUCUCUUGUUAUUUUUUCCGCUUCUAUGAAUUUCUGUGAUCUUAAAGUUUUAUAGGGGUUAAGUUCUAGAGAAAAGUUCAAAUAAAGACUUCAAAAAACGCUUGUUCUGUCAAAAAUUAGCGUUAACGGUUUCAUGCCAACUGAAAAUUUCUGAGAGGAGACUUUUAUUCUUUUCGAAACUCUCUUUUCAAACGCUUGACUUUUUUCAGUUAUAUUACUAAAUUUCAGUGGAUCGACGACGAAACAAUCAGAAUGUGCGCCAUCAUUGUGCUUGUUCCCAAGACAAACUUGCUGCGGAAACCGUACCAAACAAAUCACUUCCAGCAACACCUUCCAGUGCUCGUCAGCGGUAAGAUUCCGCGCUUGUUGUACCGUGUUCAGUUCCGCGAUAUGGAAAAAAGGAAAAAGAUAACUACGUUUUCGAUAGUCAGAGAUAAUUUUGAAUUUUGCAUAAACCAUUUUGCAAACGGUAUUGGUCGAAUAUCCACUCACGGCGUUCUGCGUAGUCGAAGAAAAUAUAAAGUUUUGUAAACGCGGAAUGGCUUUGAAAUAUUGAUCCACGUAGAAUUACGGUAGAAAGUUUGCUUGUUUAUCUCAGUUAUAUCUAUUUUUUUGUUUCCAUUUCACGGUGAAACUGUUUCCUUGCGCCAGAAAAAAUGUGAGGCAAUUCCUUAUUGUUUAACUUUUAAAUUCAACGCUCGGUUUUGACGGAAUUUCCCUUCAACAGCUGGAAAAUGCUUUCCGCGACAUUUUCAGUGACAAAUUCGAUUGUUUUCUCAUUGAAUCGUGUGUUCAGGACGACAGGGACACGCCGCCAUCAGCGCUCUGCGAGACGGGCUGCUGCCCUCCGGCUGGAGGUUACUGGUCGGAAUGGUCGACCGGAAACGCUUGCCCCACGAGCUGCGGAUCUUGCUCGAAGAAAACUCAGAAGCGUACCUGUCUCUCGCCAGCAAGUUGCCCUUGCAGGUGAGUUUUUCUCAUCUCAAAUGCGCUCCAACGAACUUUCUGUCUUAUUAGGUAAUUUUCCGCGGAAAAAGAAAUUGUCAAGUUCAGUACAAUCUUUGAAUUCAAAACUAGGAUGGUGAACUAAACACUUUCCGAGCGUCUGCGUCUCUCUGUUCCCUCACCGACGAGGUCAGAGAAACAGAAAAAUAGCACGUCUAAAUGAGAGUGUUGCCGAGAGAAGAGUAGAGAAAAAAAGCAGUUUUAAGUCCCCAAAAACAGUUUACAAUGUCUUCAAAUUUUUAUGCAAUAACUAACAGAACGCUAUGUUUAAAAAAAAAUACUUUUUCUAUCGCAUUGGAGUCCGCAAGUUGAACAUUGAAGAAAUGCCGUACCUUAAAAGUUACCAUUGGAAAAGAUAGAUAACCAUAUUUCGUUCAAAAAUCACCGUAAAACCACCAAAUCAACAAUAUUGCAGAGGAAACGCGACGCGUGACGUCUACUGCGGAAUCGGCGUCUGCUUCUUCCCCGCCGAUUCCUGCUGCGCCGGUUUCUCGGCCACUGUCAAUGGCUCUCAGCACAUUUGCGGACCUCAGGUGAAACAGAAACAACUACAAAUAGGACUUUGGCCCAAUCUGUGAAUGAAUUCUCACUAUUAAUACAAUUUUCCCCCACGAACCGCUCACAAACACGAUUCAGCCCAACUACACGACCCCGUACGCUGUGUACGAUCCGUUCUGCAACAACACGUGCUGUCCUGAAACAGGAACCUGGUCGGAUUGGACCAGCACGCCGACCCAGUGCCGCGACUACUGCGGAUCCUGCGGCAACAUCACUCAGACCAGAACUUGCCUCUCCGACGCCGACGGCUGCCCUUGCACGUAAUCCUGACCUUCCGAAUCCUUCGAAUCAAGUCGAAUACGUUCAGAGGAAUCUCCUCCUUCACUAAAACUUGCGGCGAGAACGUCUGCUUCUUCCCGAGGAACAGCUGCUGUCCCGGCUUCAAUGCGACCGUCUUGGGUAAUCAGCAUGUCUGCGGACCGGUGGUGAGAGAAGAAAGCUGGGGACAGGUGAAAUAAAAAGCAUUCAGAUGACGGCUCCAAAUGAGACGGAUUCCCUCAACACUUGCGGAGUUACUUGCUGUCCGGCUCAAGGUUGAAUGAAGGAAAAUUCGAAAAAACUAUGAGUUUGACGUUCAGGAAUUUGGGGAGAAUGGGUGACGACGAUGGAGUGUAAUGACACGUGCGGUUCUUGCGGAACCACGUCCAAGGCGAGGAAAUGUCUCUCCACCCGCUAUGGAUGUCCUUGCACGUAAGUAGCUCGGAUCGAUAUAUUCUCGAGUAUUUGUGGGUUCGGAUAGUAUUCCUGUCCUGCUGAAUCUUCUAAUUUUGAAAUAAACAAUAGCUUCGAAAAUCUCAUUUGUGAUAAAAGAAAUAUUUUUGAAUUUCUUGAAACCAGGAUAUUUUUGCACUAAAGUCGAGAGCGUUCUCUCUAAUUUUUGAGGGAUCUCUUUAAAAAAAGGGUCCGCAAUUCAGUGGCUCGAACACGCUGACGACGAGCUGCGCCAUCGCCGUCUGCCUCUUCCCGAGAACUUCCUGCUGCCCUGGCUUCACCAAGAUGAUCAACACCACCGCCAAGAUCUUCUACUGCGGACCAGCGCCAGUUGAUCCGCCAUUCAACCCUCAACAGACGACUUGCUGCGAUCCUGGUGCGUCUAGGAUAUAAUCGAAUCUGUCAAAUCGGAUCUUUUUCAGAAGGAACCGGCCUUUGGAACAGCUGGAAGACGUGGUCGACUUGCACGGCGACCUGCGGCUUGUGCGGAACUCAGACCAGAAACAGAACCUGCGCUUCCGCCGCCUACGGUUGUCCUUGCACGUUAGUCAUUCUGAAGGAGGACCGAGAGAGAAAAGAUGAUUUUCCAGAGGGGAUUCUCAACAAUCGCAACGCUGCGGCUCUCCUACGUGCAAUGGAACGGCGGCUUGUUGCGCUCCUUCCAAUAUCGCGACCGGUUACGACGGAGCCAAGUAUUGCCAAGCUCAGCCGGUAAGAGAAACUCAGGAACAGCUUCGCAGGAAGUCAAAAGCUGAGCUUCUGAAUCAAACUAAUAAAAAAAACAAAUGCGCCAUAAUUUUUGAGAAUAGGCAUGAAAUUUAAAAAAAAGACCUUCUCUUAUAAUAACAUAAUAUUUGUUAAUACGUUGUUGAGGUCAUAUAAACUUCAACCAGAAACAAAAUAUGGCAGAAAAUAAUUCUGACGCCACUUUCUCAGGUGGAACAAUGCCCGGGAACCUGGACAGAAUGGGCCCCAGUAGCUGGAUCUACUUGCAAUGACACUUGCGGAAUGUGCGGCGUCAUCCCUAUCUACAGAUAUUGUUUCCCCUCGGGUUGCCAGUGCAGGUAAAAAAAAAACAAUCCAUCGAUUGAAAUCAACCAACAAAUCGAUAACUUCCAGUGGAGCGUUCACGUCGCAGCAGGCCUGCGGCAGUGCGGUCUGCCUCUUCCCGAGAACUUCCUGCUGUGCUCCAGCCACCAAGAAGAUCGUCAACAAGACCUUCGUCUGCGCCUUCUAA